GGGAGUUUGCUUCGCUGAUGGAUCAGAAUCUCCAAGAAAAAACAUGAAUCCACCUCGACAUCCCGAAAUUUCAUGGCACGGAUGAGGCUCAGCAAGGUGCCACCGCCUUCCACCAGCGGAACCAGAAAUUCUGCGACAUCAUUUCAAGCGUUUGAUGGUGCUCAGCGUGCAGCGUGCAGUUGGCUUGACAUUGACAUUGACAACUCCAUCAAGCUCCGAGUACAUUGAAGAUUUCCAUCAAAACACUGUGGAAACAACCGUUGAUGUAUUGAUUGGUGCCGGUCCCAAUCCCCAAAAGCGUGAAUCACUUCUGAGGGUUCGUGCUAAGAAGGAUGACUUUCUGAAGCCCAUGGCUUUUGAUUUCCCAGCGCUCCAACGGGGAAACAAUGGAAACGUGCAGGGCCAACAGGUGCGAAUCUACGUUCAUAGCGUCCCAAAUUGUGCCGGAGAGGAGCUGUUGGAGUUUUUCACUCAGUCAGAUCAGUCAGACCGAGGCUUUGGCUGGGAUCGAGCUGUUCAACUACAUGCAUUGCAUAUCAAGUCUGUACAUCAAGCCAUUUUGAGUUCCACAAAUCGCGUAGAUAGUCCUGAGGAGGCCACCACAUUUUAUAUCCCGGCAUUUUUUAGCUUGCUGGUUGAGCGCUACAUCGACUCGGAUAUGAAGAGCCUUGACGCCUUGAACUGUAUUGCAGACUCAUGGAAUCGACUUCCGCGCGAAUUCUUCCUCCGCAAUGCGGGCUAUGAUCAUUUCGUAGUCGCUGGGACAUGCUUUCCAUACUCCGUUUGCCCAGCUCUAGAAUGCGAUGUCACAGCCUUCCAUCCAUUUGCCAGGAAUGUGAUGGCACUGGUGGGUGGAGUGCGAGACAUUGGUCAUCCAGAUUUUGCAUUCACACGAGGGGCAGCUUUUCAAAGAUUAAGCACCAUAUUGGUCCCGUUCCCUGUGACCUUGGACUGUGAGAGACUGGUGAAGCUGGCGGACAGAAAACGACAUCUGGUUGCUUCAUUUGUGGGCACUGACAACUCACGUGUUCGUUCUGUCUUCGGAUCUCUCAUUGAAAUCUUUGAAGGCGAAGUGUCCGAAUCGGAGAAUGCGCGCUCGAAAUUUCAUAUCAAGAUUCUACAGGACUCAGUCGGCGAAGAUGGCGAGGCAGCACGAAAAGCUACCUUGGCAGAGGAUGGAGGUCGUCCAAUUGACGAUUUGUAUGCUGAUUCCGAAUUUUGCCUGGUGCUUCCCGGGCAUGUGUAUGAUCUUGGUCGUCGAGCAUAUGAUGCAAUGGCUCGGGCAUGCAUCCCUGUAAUCGUGGCUAUGGAUCCAAUGUUUGUGAGUGUUCCUUUUGCUGGGCAGAUUCCUUGGGAAGACUUUGCCAUUUUUGCAUUUGUGCGGCAUCAAGGGGAUGCAGCUGGUGUACUGGAAUCGUUGUUUCAAGCUACCCAGACCGAAGAGGGCAAAGCUGCAAUCAGAAGCAGGCGCGCAACAAUGAUGCGUUAUAUUUCACGGCUGUUUCUACCGCCACUUACGAACUGCCUUCCUGGUUUGCCAACUGCCUUAGAUGGUAUCCUAACCGAGUUGGCCGGACGACAAGCAGCUUGGUCUCUGAUUUCCACUGUCAGGCCAGGGAAUUUGCCAUCACCUGGACAGAUUGCCGUAUAAGAUGCAGAGAGCAAA